GGAUUCAGGAACUCCAUUUGUGUUGAUCAGAAGAGGAAAAUGUCCUUUUGAAACUAAAGUCAGGAAUGCACAAUAUGCUGGGUUUAAAGCUGCAAUUGUAUUCGACAAUGAAGAUAGAGGGAUCCUGAUUUCAAUGGCUGGAAAUUCAGUCGGCAUUCAUAUCCACGCUUUGUUCAUUUCAAAGGCUUCAGGAGCGACACUGCAGAAUUAUGCUGGCCGUGCUGAUUUAGAGUUGUGGAUCUUGCCUACCAUUGAUAACUCAGCAAAUAUUAUAAGGCGCGAGCAAUCUCCACUUUCGCAGAUCCGUGAAUUUCAUGGAAUGAGCAGUCAUUUAGUGAAAGCAAUGCCAAGUCUCGAAUUCACAUCGGUCGUCGAAGAUAAUUGCACUUCAACAACAUGUGCUAUUUGCCUAGAAGACUAUUGUGCAGGGGAUAAACUUCGUGUGCUUCCAUGUAGUCAUAAGUUCCAUGUGUGUUGCGUCGACUACUGGCUCACUUCUUGGAGAACAUUCUGCCCUGUUUGCAAGCGAGAUGCAACGGCUGGCAUAAGCAUAACUAAUCUUCCGGCCACCGAGCACACUCCCUUACUUUAUGGUGCAACUCCAACAAUCAGUUCUCGGCCAUCAUCGGUUCAUUCACCUGUUGCAGCAUCUCCAGCGGUUCGUAUAUCUUUAAUGCCUCCACAGUCGCAUUCAAAUUCUCGAUCUCAUUCCUAUGCUAGUUCUCCUUGUUCCCAACCUAUCCGAAUAAUGCCAUUUCAUCUCCGGUCUAAUUCAAGUUUAGCAUCGAGCAUUUCUCGUAUCCCUAACCCACAUAGUUCUUAUGGAUACUCACCAUCUUUGGACCUUAGAAAUUCAUCGUCCCAUAGGUCUCGCUCGCAUCUCACAUCUCCUCAUUCCGUUUAUUCACCUAUCAAUUCGAGACUCCGAUCCUCUUUCAUACCCGGUUCAAGUAAUCCGACCUCCAACAAUCUAGCUGCAUCCUCCAGUAGACAAUCUUACUUGCGACAUUGCACCGAAUCAGAGGCAAGUCUUUCUGCUCUCGCUUCCACAUAUUCUCUACCAGGAUGUUGAUCCAUGCGAUAGCUGCAGUUUCCCCGGAUAGCAAGCAUGAUUUGUGACGAAUAUCGCAAAGUCGACUUAUUGUACGACAAUGAUACCCCCUUUGUGUACAUGUUGAUCGUUCGGUUUAUAUCGUUUUGAUCUCA